ACGGGAGCCGGCAGAAGCGAGCGCGGGAGCUGCGCACGCGCGGCCCGUGCACGCGCCGGGGAGCCUCCUGUGGCGGUUGGCGCCGCUCCCGUGGAGGAGGGCCGCGGAGGAAGAGUAUCCAUUACAAUGAGUAAACGUAAAUUAAAGGAGGACAAUUUUACAAAUGGGGAAUGUAUCUCAAAGGUACAGCGGCUACUUCGUGAAAGAUUUUGUCAUCCAAGUCCAAGUGCAAAGUUGUUCGGAAUGGAGCAGCAAUACAAGCAUUUAUCUGAGCUGUUAAAGCGUACUGCUAUUCAUGGUGAAAGCAACUCUGCACUUAUUAUUGGACCCCGAGGCUCAGGAAAAACUCAGUUGAUGUGUCAUGCCUUAAAAAAACUCCUGGAGGUAAAGCAAGUGAGGGAAAACAUCUUACAGGUUCAUUUAAAUGGACUACUACAGACCAAUGAUAAGAUUGCCCUCAAGGAGAUUACAAGACAGCUUAAUCUGGAAAAUGUGGUUGGAGAUAAAGUUUUUGGUAGUUUUGCAGAAAAUCUUGCAUUUCUUCUUGAAGCAUUGAAGAGAGGUGACCGUGCCGACACUUGUCCAGUGCUGUUCAUUCUGGAGGAAUUUGAUCUUUUUGUCCAUCAUAAGAACCAGACUUUGCUGUAUAAUCUCUUUGACGUAUCCCAAUCUGCACAGACGCCUAUAGCUGUUAUUGGUCUCACUUGCAGACUGGAUAUUCUAGAACUCCUGGAAAAGAGAGUGAAGUCAAGAUUUUCCCACCGACAGAUAUAUUUAUUGAAUUCUUUUGAUUUUAAAAAAUAUGCUAGUAUUUGUAAAGAGCAGCUAUCCUUGCCUUCAGAAUUUCCAGAAAAGAACUUUGCUCAGAAAUGGAAUAAGCAUGUGCAGUCUCUCCUUGAAGACCAAGCCGUGCACGAUGCACUGCAAAAUCAGUUCCAUUAUAGCAAAGAUCUGCGGUCUCUCUACAUGCUACUGAUGCUUGCUUUAAGUAACGUAACUGUACCUCACCCAUACAUCAGUGUAUCUGACAUUCUUGAAGCAAGUAAACUGUGUAGAGUGGACUCAAAAGCCAACAUUGUACAUGGUUUGUCUGUGCUGGAAUUCUGCCUCAUAAUAGCUAUGAAACACUUAAAUGAUAUUUAUGAAGGAGAGCCUUUCAACUUUCAGAUGGUUUAUAAUGAGUAUCAGAAGUUUGUUCAGAGGAAGGCACAUACUGUCUACAGCUUUGAGAAACCUGUGGUUAUGAAGGCUUUUGAACAUUUGCAGCAGCUUGAAUUAAUAAAGCCUGCAGAACGGCUUUCUCCGUGUGCCCAGAAAGAAUACUUGCUAAUGAAACUACUUUUGGACAACAAUCAAAUAAUGGAUGCUGUGCAGGUCUACCCAAACUGUCCAACUGAUGUCAAACAAUGGGCUGUAUCUUCACUAAACUGAAGCAUGAACAUCUUUCUGAGAGAGACAGUUGCUACUAACAGGGCUGCAAAUCACUGCUGCCAGUGAAGCUAGCCCAGCAGUUACUUCAGCUACAGGCAGUGUUUUGUUAAAACAAAAGUAGUAUGUUUUUUGACACAAAGGUUUCCAAGAAACUCAAUGAGUGAAUGCCAAUUUCAGAUUUCAUCUUCAUGUUACAAUAGUCUGUGGGUCAUCUCUUUGUAAAGUGUUCAAUACCACUUACAAAAAUCACUAGUUUUAUGCAACUUGAGCUGAAGGGAUAGAAUGUUCAGUCAGUGAGCUGGUUUGGCAGCAGUUGCCAAGUUAUAACUUUUUAAAGGCUGACUGUCCCACUUAAAAGUCCAGCUGUGUAUCUAGGACUGCUGAAGACCCUAAACUGUCUACUUUCCUUUCCUGUUAGUUCUUUUUUUGCAGUACUACCCUGGCUUUUCUCUUGUCUCCUACAAGAAGCCUUUCUUGCACUCUAGUUACAAGGCAAUUGAGGCUCAUGUUUGAGAUACCUAGGAAUAUCCUGUUCUUUACUGCUGCAUAGCACCUUAGCCAGAAUUCUUCAUUACUUUGUGAGUGGUUGCUAUUGAUAAACUUGUUUAAAAUAUAAAUUUCGACUGUAAUUUCUCUUCUUUGGAGAAUUAUGACACAGCCGUGAGCCUUCUUAGGAAGUCAUUUAGGAUAUGUUUCUAAGUAGAGUGGGUAAAAUUGAGAAAAGGCUAUACAAAUCCUUUUAAUUACAUUUUGUUUACUUUGCCCAAAUAUAUUUCUUUGCACUACCUGUGUCUUCCCCUCUGGGACUAGUGCUUUGAAAACACACUCUCAAUUUUAAUCUUAUAUGCAUUUGUAAUAAAAAGGUUCAAGUGUUCUGUAGAGCUGUGAAGUAUUUACAGCUGGCAAGUUUGUCUUACUGUUGUAUUUGAACGUGUGGUUUUUACUAGAAGAGUUGUGAAGAAUAGAGAAUGGGUCCUACCCUACUUUGCCUAAAAAUGUUUCAAUUAAACAGGCACUACUGUCAUUAGCCUGCCUUUUUCAAACCA